UUUGUUUACAACAAAAGUGACAACAAAUUUCAAAAACUUAUGGUGUGGUGUAUGGUUGUCUUAUUAUUAAUUAUUAUCUUAUAUUAAUAUUAAAAUUUUCUGUAUUGAAUAAAUGUCCAUUCCAUAACCAGUAUAAGUCCACAUGUCUACGAAAUGAAUAUUUACCAAUGGAACUAAUUAAUGAAGAAAAUAAAUAAUGAGAUUAAAACAGGCAGCAGCAAUUUUUGGAUCUCUAAUAUUAAUAGCAGUUCUUUUUAUAGCGUAUUCAGCUAAUUAUCUAACAGCUUAUCCUAACAAAAGAUCGUCAAUUACACAAGAACUGCAGGAUAACAAGUGGCUGCACUUUGAACAUAAAAUAAAAAAAUUAGAAGAUGACUUAAAUGAACAUCACAAUGCAGUACAUGAGAUAAAAAUUGCCAUGAAGAAUAUGUUACAGCCAAGUUUUGAAACUAAUUCUAUAAGUCAUAGAAUUCCUUUCAAUCAAUCCCAAAUGAAGUAUGACUUAUUUUAUGAAAGCACAUGUUCAUUUCAAUUAAACUCCGCAAUAAAAUCUGAUAUACAGAUGCUAGAUUUAUAUGAUAGAUUAAAUUUUGAUAAUAUCGAUGGAGGUGUUUGGAAGCAAGGAUGGAAAAUUGAUGUGGAUGAAACAGAAUGGAAUCGUCAUAAUAAACUAAAGGUUUUUGUUGUACCACAUUCUCAUAAUGAUCCAGGUUGGAUAAAAACAGUUGACGAGUAUUAUGUUACUCAAACCAAACACAUUUUAGACAAUAUGUUAACUAAAUUAAGUGAAGAACCCAGAAGAAAAUUUAUUUGGGCAGAAAUUUCUUAUUUUUCAAUGUGGUGGGAAGAGCUUGUCGAAGAAGAUCGUGAAAGAGUUAAAAGAUUAUUACGAAACAACCAAUUAGAAAUUGUAACUGGUGGUUGGGUAAUGAAUGAUGAAGCAAAUUCACAUUGGAUUUCGAUAAUGAAUCAACUUAUAGAUGGUCAUCAAUGGCUACAAGAAAAUUUGAAUUAUACUCCUAUUAGUCAUUGGUCUAUUGAUCCGUUUGGAAUGAGUUUAACGAUGCCUUUUUUACUUAAAGAAAUGGGCUUAAAAAAUGUAUUAAUACAGCGUGUUCAUUAUUCAGUUAAAAAACAUUUAGCCAGGAAUCAACAGUUGGAAUUUAGAUGGAAACAGCUAUGGGAUGGUAAUAGUAACACUGAGAUGUUUACACACAUGAUGCCAUUUUAUUCUUAUGAUAUUCCACAUACUUGCGGUCCAGAUCCCAAAAUAUGUUGCCAAUUUGAUUUUAAGCGGCUUCCAAAUUAUGGAUUACACUGUCCGUGGAAAAUUCCGCCAGUAAUGAUAUCAGAACAAAAUAUCGUUGAAAGAGCAGAACUACUUUUGGACCAAUAUAGAAAAAAAUCCAAACUUUUUAAAAGUAAUGUGCUGCUUGUUCCUCUCGGAGAUGAUUUUAGAUAUGACCAUCCAACAGAAUGGGAUGUUCAAUUCCAGAAUUAUCAGAAAUUAUUUGAUUAUAUGAACUCAAAUUUUAAACUACAUGUUCAGGCUCAAUUCGGGACACUUACUGAUUACUUCAACGAACUUCAUAAAAGUAAAAAAUUAUCAGAUUUUCCUACUUUAACUGGAGAUUUUUUUACCUAUGCUGAUCGUGACGACCAUUAUUGGAGUGGCUACUACACUUCCAGGCCUUUUUAUAAAAGGAUGGACCGAAUUCUUCUCUCCUACAUUAGAGCAGCUGAGAUCAUUCAUACUCUAGUUUAUUUACAUAAAGAUCCGGAAUCUAUUUUGAUUGAGGAUAAAAGAACUAAUUUAGGAAAAACAAUUGAAUCCGCUCGACAGUCGCAUUCUUUAUUUCAGCAUCAUGAUGGAAUUACAGGAACUGCCAAAGAUCAUGUUGUGAUUGAUUACGGAAAAAAAAUGUUAUCUGCUAUACAAGGAUGUCAAAAAGUUAUACAAAUUUGUACUCAUCUAUUGUUAAAAACUUCUGGAUCAAGUGUGUCUACAAUAAAUUCCAAGUAUUAUAAUAUUGAUGAUAUAAUGCAUUCGCAAAAUGUAAAUUCGGAACAUUUCCAAAUUACCAUCGGAAUUCCAGAGAUUCGUAGUAAAAAAGUAGUGAUAUAUAAUUCUUUACCAUUUACAAGGCGAGAAGUCGUCACAUUUCAUAUUUCUACCCCUUUUGUAGAGAUAAUUGACUUUAAAGGGGAACGAAUUGCUUGUCAGCUGUCUCCUAUAUUUGAAUAUAGUUCCUCAAUGUCACAAUCAAAAUAUCAACUGUCAUUUAUUGCAAAUAUACCAGGACUAAGUCUUCGAGGAUAUACCAUAAAUGCCUUAUUAGACAGCGAUGUACCGAGAGAAACUGUGCUUUCAGAAAUAAGAAUUUUAAAUUAUUAUGGUCACGUCCGACCUCCACUUGGUUUUACUCCAGAAGUAUCGCCUACUCCCACUGAAUUUACUUUACAAAAUGCAAGGAUAAUGGCAUCUUUUAAUAAAUUUGGUUUGCUGAAAGCACUGACAGUUGGGAAGAAGACAGUUCCUGUACAUUUAGAGUUUGCAAAGUAUGGAGUCAGAAAAAGAACUAAUUCCGAACGUAGUGGUGCAUAUCUAUUUUUACCAGAUGGGGAUGCAGUUAAAAUUCCAUUAGAAAAUGUAGUUGUCAAUAUUAUAAAAGGACCAAUUAUGUGUUCUGUGAUAGUGCAGUUACCUUACAUUCAGCACACUGUAUUUCUCUAUAAUACUACAGGUGCUGAUGGUAUGGGAAUAGAAAUUCAAAAUUUGGUAGAUAUUAGCCAAAUGAAUAACUUUGAACUGAUUAUGAGAUUAUCGACAAAUAUCAAUAGUUCCAAUGAAUUUUUUACCGACGUUAAUGGAUAUCAAAUGAUGAGAAGGAAGAUGUUAAAGAAGUUGCCUUUACAAGCUAAUUAUUAUCCAAUGCCAACGAUGGCUUAUAUUGAAGACAAAUUUAUGCGACUCACAGUAGCCACUGGAAGUCCUCUUGGUUGCAGCUCUCUAAAUUCUGGUCAAAUCGAAAUAAUGCUAGAUCGUAGGUUAAAUCAAGACGAUAAUUUAGGAUUAGGACAAGGUGUAAUGGAUAAUGUUCCAAUUAGACACAUAUUUAAACUUGUUUUGGAAAUGAAAAAAGAAGGCUGUGAAGCAGGUGACAGAAAUAAUCCUGCUGGAUUUCCUACUUUAGCUGCUUAUGUGGCUUCUCAAAGUUUACUAAACCCAAUGUUACGGCUUCUGACAAUUGAAGAUGAUGAUGAUGAAAUAUCAAAAAGUUCAUUUACUUUUUCACAAGAUUUUGGAGUAGAUAUAUCAAUUCCGCUGUUUAAAAGAAAUGUACAUUUUAAAAACAACACUUAUACCGGAUUAGUCAUUCACAGAGAGUUCCUAAAUACUUGUUAUGCCGAUAGAACAAUCUUGGAACAAUUUCCUUUAAGUGAUGGAUCAGCAUCCCUCUGCUUACCCCCGAGGGAUUCCAGCAGACUCCCCCAAUCAGGCUUGGGUCCAGCCACUGGCUCCCUCCAAUCAGGGUUGGGUCCAAUUUGCUUUCCCUCCUUUUGGGGUUCGCAUGGCGGCACUGAGACGCGGAUGGCCUAUUGUCACUAUUUGGAUGCCCUACUCCUUCCAAUUCAUCAUUUAUUUCUCAUCGUCGAUGGUUAACCGCUAGUUGGCUAAGUCCAGCAAUCACUCAUCCAAGACGUGACCGGAGACAUAUAAUUGCCACGAGAAUGUGAAUGCAUAGUACUUUUUUUAAUAUUGUUUGUAGAUCGUCGUCUAAUACUAGUUUGAUAUGUAACCAAUUGUUUAAAUGAAUACAAUUUUAAAACUAUUUAAUAGGAAUAAAAUGUCACUGUCAUUGGAACACAAAUUACGCAAUC